AUGCCUCCAUUCGCAAGGAGCCACGGUCCGAUGCCCAACGGACCUCCCAUGCCGGCGGCAACCAGCGGAUACUGCACGGCUUGUCCGCGAUUGGUCCUUCCCCUGAUCCGCGAGUCUCUCGACGGUCAGCCAAAACGAAUGUUGUCGGGUUCUGCGCUGGCCGUCGCUGCGCAAGACAUGAAGUCGGGAGAUGCAGCCCUGAUUGGUUGGACUGACGUCUCCAUGUGCAUGCCAAAAGCGGGCCGUCCUGGGGACGCUAAAACGUGA